UUUUUUUUUAUUAAAUACCCAACAGAAAACCGAAGCCAUUCUCUAAGCUUCCCUGUUCGGCCGCUCAAGCCUCCCAUCCGAUUGAAACUCCUAAAGACGGCAAAAAACUGAGGGAAAGCCGGGGGAAAACAUCGGAAAAAUCAACGGAAAAAAUCGAAAGGACCUUAGGUUCUGAAUGCCAUGGAUGAGCGGCGAAGACACAGAAUUUUGAUGGUGUCUGAUUUUUUCUACCCUAACUUUGGUGGCGUGGAAAAUCACAUCUAUUAUCUAUCACAAUGCUUGCUUAAGCUUGGUCACAAGGUGGUGGUAAUGACACAUGCAUAUGGAAAGCGGUCUGGAAUACGAUAUAUGACAGGUGGUUUAAAAGUUUAUUAUGUGCCUUGGAGGCCAUUCAUUAUGCAGAAUACGUUGCCAACAUUUUACUUAACACUUCCAAUUAUACGGAACAUUAUUGUACGUGAGAGGAUUACUGUGGUGCAUGGGCAUCAAGCUUUCUCAACUCUCUGUCAUGAGGCCUUAAUGCAUGCAAGGACCAUGGGAUACAAAGUUGUAUUCACUGAUCAUUCACUAUAUGGUUUUGCUGAUGUUGGAAGCAUACACAUGAAUAAGGUGCUGCAGUUUACUCUGGCAGAUGUAGAUCAGGCUAUAUGUGUCUCUCAUACAAGCAAGGAAAACACUGUCCUGAGAUCUGGGAUACUACCAGAGAAAGUCUUUGUAAUACCUAAUGCGGUGGAUACUGCCAUGUUUACUCCUGCUCCUAAUCGGCUGAGCUGUGAUGAAAUUGUUAUAGUUGUGAUCAGUAGAUUGGUAUACCGGAAGGGAGCAGACCUUCUUGUUGAAGUCAUUCCAGAAGUAUGCCGCCUUUUUUCAAAUGUCCGAUUUAUUGUUGGAGGAGAUGGACCAAAACGUGUGCGGCUUGAAGAGAUGAGGGAAAAGUAUUCUCUUCAGGACAGAGUUGAUAUGUUGGGGGCUGUUCCACAUGCUCAAGUGCGAUCUGUUCUAAUAUCUGGCCAUAUUUUUUUAAACAGUUCGCUUACAGAAGCCUUUUGCAUAGCCAUUCUGGAAGCUGCUAGUUGUGGACUACUAACUGUGAGCACAAGAGUCGGAGGUGUCCCAGAGGUUUUACCAGAUGACAUGAUAGUACUUGCAGAACCAGCACCAGGUGAUAUGGUGUGGGCUAUUAGAAAAGCGAUUUCCAUGCUUCCAAGCAUCGAUCCGCAUGUCAUGCACCUCCGUAUGAAAAGCCUGUAUAGUUGGCAUGAUGUGGCUAAAAGAACGGAGAUAGUGUAUGACCAUGCACUGCAAUCCUCUGAGAAGAAUCUUCUGCAGCACCUACCACGAUACCUCAAAUGCGGGACUUGGGCAGGAAAGCUUUUUUGUCUGGUCAUGAUUGUUAAUUUUCUUCUAUUGCAUCUUCUAGAACUGUGGCAGCCUGUAGAGAGCAUUGAAGAGGUUCCUGACAUGCUGUUGGUACAACACCAAGAUGAAGAGAUAGAGCAUGAUUUCAGUGAAGCUCGAAAGAAAAGCUAAUUCGUUAAGGAGAUUUUUUGAUAUUGUGAUUGUUUAGUUCACGUUUACACUCAAGAAAUCAAGAGGACACUUCCAAAGCAGAAUAGGUGGUACUUUUGUGAAUUAUCCCUCUUUUCUAGUGUGAAAUUAUUUUUUAUAUUGGGGGAUCUGAAGUUUCUUCUUUUUCUUCAGGUGCUUAUUUUGUGCAUGUAAUGCAUCUGAAAUCAUUUGAUAAAUUGGUAUUUGUACCUCAAGCCUUGCUCCUCAGUAGACAAAUUUCUUUAUAUAUAGUCAUUUUGAAAGUUUGAAACUGAA